AUGGAGUUACCCCUGGCCCAGAUAGGCCCCCAAGGGAGCCGAAACGUCCCUGCCCCAACCUUCAGCACCUUCCAGCCAGUGAACCUGACCCCCCGGAGCUGUAAAGGUGUGGAAAUACUUCCAGGACCCAGAUGCCAGGCCCAGAAAGCCAAAGAGGCCCAGCCCAACCCCAGGAAGCUUGUUGUCCAUGCUGUGGCAUCUCUCCAGGACCCGGGAGCUGCCUCUAAACCAGAGGACAGCGGGCAAGCUCAAGAGGUGCCCAAGGAAGGAGGCCAGUCCCUGCAAGCUGAGACCCGGGCUUGGUUCCAAAAGACCCAGGCCCAAUGGCUCCUGAAGCAUGGGGCAGCCCCCACCUGGUUCCAUGGCUUCAUCACCCGGAGGGAGGCUGAAAGGCUGUUGGAGACCAAGCCUCAGGGAUGCUACUUGGUGCGAUUCAGCGAAAGCGCCGUGACCUUUGUGCUGACUUACAGGAGCCGCUCUUGCUGCCGCCACUUCCUACUGGCCCAGCUUGGGGACGGACGCCACGUGGUGCUGGGUGAAGACAGUGCCCACGCGCAGCUGCAGGACCUGCUGAGGCACUACACUGCCUGCCCGCUCAGCCCCUACGGGGAGAUGCUCACCCAGCCCCUCGCCCGCCAGACUCCACAGCCCACAGGACUUCCUCUAAAGACUGAAGAAGCAGACUCUAUAAGCAAAAACCAGGAGCCACACCCCCAAUAUAGCUCAGUCCUCAAGAAGGAGAAGCCUGAAGCCCCAAAGCAGAAAGAGGGAACCCAGGAGACCAAAGAGUCCUGCCAGCCGCCCAGACCCAAGCCUCCCAUUCCCGCUAAGCCUCAGCUGCCUGCCGAAGUCUACUCAAGUCCGGCUCCCAAACCGAGUCGGGUUCCUCGGAGACCUAAACCGACCCCACCCCCCAAACCCUCCAACCCCAUUUACCACGAGCCUGAUGAACCCAUCGCUUUCUAUGCCAUGGGCCGGGGCAGCCCAGGAGAGGCCCCUAGCAACAUUUACGCGGAGGUGGAAGUGAAGGUGCCAUCAGGGACUGAGGGCUCACUGUGCACCCCGUAUCACCAGGUCCUGAGGAAGUGCCGCUCCAGGCCUGCCCCAGGAAGCCAGAAUCCAGGUGACCAGAAACUGCAUUCUGAGAAUUCUGUGGCUGGACAAGGCCCUCCCCUGCCCCACUGGGGGCACACCCUGCCUCACAACCUUUCUAAACUGGUGCUCAGAGGUCAGGUGUGGCUCCACCUGGGACCUCCUCAGUAG